ACAGAAUAAUUGAUAUCAACGAUAAAUGUUGCAAACCAUUCCUUGGCCAGCUGUGUCCUCUUCAUGUUUUUGUCCUCUCCGUAUAAAACCAUUGCAACAUUUCUCUCUCACACUAAGUUAUGGCUGAGAUUGACAAUGGUGAUAAUCAACCUUUGUUCAGUAGCAAAUUUGGUGUGAUACUAAUUGCCAUGGGUUCAGCUAGUUUUGUGGUAACAAUGUAUCAUCUCAUAGUCAUUUGCUGCCAAAACUCAGCCGAACAAGCGCGGCAAAACGAGCAACCGGCAACACAAACACCGAGCGUCGAAGAGGGUUGUCUGUCGCAUCAAAUUCCAUCUCACAAGUAUGAGAAGAAGAAAAAGAAUGAUGAAAAUGAUGAAGAUGAUUGUGUGACUUGUGCUGUGUGCUUGGGAGAUUUUGAGGAGGGUGAGGAGUUAAGAACUAUGCCUUCUUGCAUGCAUUUUUUCCAUGUACCAUGCAUAGAUAUGUGGCUCAUUUCACAUUUUAAUUGUCCUGUUUGUCGCGCUGAUGCCACGCCCUCCCCGGUGGUGCCUCACAGUUUACCGGAGGUUGCAUCCAACGAGAUGAAUGUUGAUCAAGGCAUUAAUAUGGUGCAAAUAGUUGUCGUCCAAAAUGAGUUGCAAAGUGGGUUACCAAUAGUCCCAUCCUAAAAUGUAAACUGUAGUACAUAAUCAAUUAUUUUUUAUAUUAAUUUUUCAAUUUUUCGGUC